CGUAGAAGUAGAAAAUUUUCAAAAGAUUUUUUGUGAAAUUUGUGUAAAAAUUGAAAGUUUUGGUGAAUAUUUUUAGUUAAGAUAUUGAAGAUUUGUGAUAAAAAUGUCUUCUAUGGAUUUUUACUUCUAAACUUUAGUUCAGUGUAUAUUUAUUUCGAGGACAGAGUGACGCGCCAUUGUUGCAUAAACAAGCCGUAGAUAACUUUGAAAAAAUUAUAGAAUUCUAAAAACUAACAAGAAAAUUCGUGAAUACUUCAAUUCUUUCUUAUUUGUGAUGUUCCCAUAUUUUAACGGCGAGAGAAAAGUACUGAAGACGAAUUUGAUUCCGAGUGUUAAACUUCUUCACUCUAAAAGAAAAGGAAUAUUCAUACACCCUUCUGCUAUGUACAGAAGUAAUGCUAAUUCCGCUUGUCUUGCCAUUAUAUCAUCAACGAAAAAUUGUUUAAGUGGGUAAAUUUACAUCAUCCUUAAAAAUAAGAAAAUGAAACUUCUAGAAAGUGGGCGCUUAGAAGCUCUUAGUAGAGCUUUGUCCAUCCUUAAUGGAGAUAGCGCUGUCCAAGGUCGUGUGGAGAGCUAUAGUUGCAAAAUGGCUGGUACCGAAAAAGCUUUCUAUAAGCGCUUCACAGCCGAUGGUGAAACCACUCAUAACUUACAUGCAUUGUCUCCACCUGAAGGAGUAUCCUACAGCCGCAGUUUGUCAGGAGAUGAAGAUGGGAUACUAUGUGACACUAUAUCCAGAAAAACACUAUUUUACCUUAUAGCUACUCUAAAUGCAGCUUUCCCUGAUUAUGACUUUUCAAUGGCAAAGAGCAGCGAGUUUAGUGCAGAGCCAUCACUUAAUUGGGUGCAAAGUGCAGUAGAUGCAGCAUUAUCUGCAGUUGGCGGUAUGCGCUGGAGACAACUGAAACCCGCACUGUGGGCUGCUAUAGAGGAGGAGGUGCAGCUACCUGAGUGCAGAAUAUACAGUUACAAUCCAGACCUAGCCAGUGAUCCCUUUGGUGAACCUGGUUGUCUAUGGUCAUUUAGCUACUUUUUUUACAACAGAAAAUUGAAAAGGAUUGUUUUCUUUACGUGCAAGGCUAUGAGUCCUGUGUGUGCUGAUUCUGGCGUGGACUUUGCUAUGGAUGAAGAUGAUGAGUACAAUUAGAAUAUAAAGUAACUACUAGGUACCUUAUUCAUUAUUCUGCCAAAUGUGUUAUGAGAAAGCAGAGUAUUAACAAUGUAUGUAUUAUAUAUUAUAUACUUACACAAAAUACAUGACAUUACUUUUCUA